AUGGAAGUGGGCGGAGAUUCACUUAUGGCCCGCCUCCUCAGGAAGACAGUCUCAGUCUUCAAUAGCUCCGCCCACUUUGACAUCGACGGCAGCAACAGAAGGUGCUCAGUGGUCCCCUCCUCUCUCCCUCCCUCUCUGUAUCUGAAUUGUUGUGUGUGUGUCCUGAUGGUGGCGCUGUUCAGCCUGGUCCAGGUUUACAGCAGUCGACUGAGGAGGGUCAUCUGUGCCUCCUUCUACCCACAGAGGGAGAAGAUGAGAGUUCGAUUCCUGUACAAUGUGCUGCUCCAGAGUAACAGGAAGUGCCCCACCUCAGACAGGAAGUGCUCCUCAGACCGCUUGGUCUGUAACUGCUGCCAGACAGGAGACGUCCAGUACCAGCCCACAUAG